AGGGGGAAGUACGCGCGGAAGUGGUUCAAGCGUGUUUGUGCACAAUCAGCUGUAGUUAACCCGCAUUUGGGUUCUUGUACAACACGUGAUGCAGGUGUAAAACUAUGAGCAAGAAUGUCACAGCACCUGGACCUACAGCUCAGUCUGCUGUUCACAAUGACUCUGACCGUCUCAGCCUCUUUGCCAGCCCCACAACAGGUAAAAAUGAUUGCACAGGAGGCAAACUACAUGCUUUAUUGGGACUGUAAUUACGCACAGCUGGAAAACCCAAUCACCUUCACUGCUGAAUAUACCUACUAUCGUGAAAGAAAUGAUGAGGGAUCGUAUGAACGUGUGUGUGAAGGUUCCCCUGAGUGUCGCUGUGAUUUCACACACUGUGGGCUGCCUUUUUUAGCAUCAUUUCAGAUUAGAGUCAGAGCUGAGGCUGGGCUCCUACGUUCCGAGUGGGCGAUGGUGAAGUUCACGCCUGAUGAGGAAGUGAUAUUAAUGCCACCCCAAGUGAAUGUGACAACAGACAAAGACGUGUUAACACUUAUGAUUUCCAAGUCAGUCUUGAGCGACACGAUGAUGAUUCAAUACAGAGUGCAGUACUGGGAGAAGCUUAAACCUGAAGAGAAACACAUGGAAGUUUACACCAGUCCACAUUUUCCACUGAGCUCACUGAAAUCCUGCACUGAAUAUUGUGUGCAAGUUAGCAUCUUCAGCCCCUUUAACAAGAGAAGCAAUUACUCAUCUCCACAGUGUAAGAGAAUGACAGGUUGCCCCUUCGCAUGGCUAGGGAUUCUCUUUGCCAUUCCUCUUUUUGGAGCUUUUGUAUGUCACAAAUGCAGAAGAACAUACUCGGUAUACACAACACCUGAGAGCAUACUAGCAAUUUCAUCGACUCCGUCACUCCUAGGAGUGCAGGAAGAGCAUUGGACAGUAGCUCAUGUGAUCACACCUGCCAUAGAGCCCAAAAACACGGUGGAGAAAGAACAGGAACAGGAAAACACAGCAGAACCUCAGGCUCCUAAGUCAAUAGGCCAGUGGAGUAAUGGCUCAGUGCAGGACUCUGGCUUCAGCUCUGGAUUAGAGAGCUGACCAGUUACAAGAAGCUCUACAGAAAGUCUCCAGUUACAAACAGAAGACCUCAGAGAGUUUAAUGUAUGAGGCCCUUCCGGUCCUGCAUAGUAUAUGUUUUGUUUUUCAGGGUCCUUAAAAACAAAGGCAUGCACUAUAUGUUUACGGAAAUCUGGGAAGAGUGCAGGCACACAUAUGCUUCCGUCAUCCAUUUACAUGAGCUCACAGGGGAAUAUCUGGUCUCUGAUUGACAGAAUAGAGAUUAGAUUAGUUCAGGUUAGCCUCAGAUUCCUGUUCUUUAGGAGAGAAACCUGAUGUGCUCUUCUGCUGUUGUAGCUCAUCCACCUCAGGUUUUGUUGAUGAUGCUUGCCUAGAUGAUUUUCUGCUCACUACGGUUAUGAAGAUUACAGUUUUUCUUGAUUGCUAAGACACAUUUCUUGAAAGCUGCUCUCCUUUUCUCUAAAAUGUGAACACAAAACCCAAUUCUCAAGCUACAUUCACAAAACCUCAGACUCUCCUUGCGAAACCACACUUUCACCUCAAAACAGUUCAAUCUGUGCUCAAAACUGAACUAUGUUGUCAAACCCUGAGUCAAUCAAAAUUAAAAUUCACUACGGAACAGUCACUAAUCACUACAUAGAAAAAUAGAAAACACAAUGCUCAGGACAUGAAGCUGGAGAAAUAAAUGUUUAUUGUUCACUGUAGGCUAAAUGCAUGUUGCAAAACAAAAAAAACUGUGCAUUUAGCACUUGUACAAAAAGACAACACAUAAAUCUUGUGCAUUUGCCACUUGUGUACAGUAAGCCCAUGUAAAAAUAAAGUACAAAAAUACACAAAUAAGUGCAUUACUCAGCCACAGCAUCAUGUCGCCGUACUGGGUCAAGCCACAGGACUUCAUCCACAUCACAGGCCACAUUUUGUCUGGCCAGGCAACGGGGGAAAAAACCCUGGCAUGCCGUAUCCAGGCUUGGCAUGCCUCCACACCUAUGUCACCACAGGCAAGUCCCAUGGCUUGCAGGAGAUGUACCCUGGUGUACGGUUGGCGUUCAUAGACCUUCCACCGCCAUGAGGAGAAGAAUUCCUCAAUGGGGUUUAGGAAAGGGGAGUACGGUGGAAGACAAUGAUUGAUAAAACCUUGGUUCAUAUUGAACCACUCUCUAACCUCGAAUGCUCUGUGGAAACUCACAUUGUCCCAAACAACAACAUAGAUGGGAUGCUCAUCCUGCUGCCCUGACAGAGCAUCUCAUAUGCAAUUGAGGAAAAUGAGCUGGUGAGUGUUGUAGAGCCCCAGUUUGGCAUGAUGGUGGACAACCCCAUGAUUGCUGAUGGCUAAUGUGACAUUGCCAGCACGCUGCCCAGGAACACCAACAAUGGCCUAAUGGCCAAUCACAUUACGACCUCUCCUUUUGGUGAGAUUAAACCCAGCUUCAUCCAUGUACACGUAUUCAUGGGGUCUUUCCAUUGCAUCCAGUUGAAGAACCCUCUGUAGAAAUAGAUAUAGUUUUGUGAGUGAUAUGGAAAAAGUGAUUUAGGCCACUACAGUAAAUGACUACUUCGAGUAAUCAACAUUGAAUGUGUCUAGAUAUAUGCCAACCUGUACAUACUGGAAUCUUUGCUCUUUGACUCUGUCUGAGUUGCUAUCAAAGGGCACGCUGUAUAGCUGUUUCAUGCGCAGUCUGUUGCGCUUGAGGACACGAUCAACAGUAGAGAGGCUGACACUGUUGAUACCCUCAAAAUUUACAUGGUCCUCAAUGAUCUUCUGCUGAAUUUCAGUUUAAUGGCAUUGUUCUCACGGACUAUAUCAACAAUUAGGGUCUCGGUGUGGGGAGAACAUACCUGUCCUCCCACCCCCAUGUGGCAGUCUUUCAAUUCUAAAAAAGAGAUCAUGGAGUUACAAAAAAUAUACAUGGAAUACUAGGCUUAGAAACAGUUAGACCAACCCUCCAUUACAAUACUACAGUACAUUGGUACAGUGAUGUACUGAAACAUAUAUUUACUUACAGUAUACUGUGGUACAGUAUAUAGUAUGCCAUACAGUAAUUGCUGUCAACAUUUACAUACUGUACUAUAAUGUCAAAAAAAAAAAAAAGGUAAUUACCUGUUCUCUUCUCUAAAUCUUCGGAUUAUGGUGGACACAGUGAAUCUACUGAUAUACUGAUUUGGUUGUACCCUUUGUCCAGCCUCCCUCAUGCUCAUACCAUGGACAAGAACAUGGUCAAUCACAGUAGCUCUGAUUUCACUAGAUAUUACUGUUCUUUGUCUUUGCUGACCACCUCGACCUCCUCUCACACGGACUCUUCCUCUCAGACUUCUAUCCAUUGUAGGGUCUCACAAACCAGUGCUCUCUGAACUGGCUUGCUGUAUAUGUUCCCUCACAUUAAUAGCCAAAAGUGUGAUCAAUUUUGAGUUGUUGUGUUCAAGCGGUGACACCUGUGCUUUAAUUGUGUUUGACUUUUGUCACCUGUGCUCACCAUUAUGCAGCACGGGAGCAUCACAAUGAAAAUGUUUUGCCAAGUUGUGUCUAAACAGGUGAAAAGUGCUUAUGGUUUUGUCAAAAGAGUGAUUGAUUCAAUCGGUGGGUUCAGGCAACUGAGCAUUUGGUUCAGACAAUAGGGUUUAGUGUUUUAGCAAUUGAGAAAAACUGAAUUGAUAUGAGUUACAAAAUCUUUCCUGGAAAUUUGGACUCUAGCCAUUUGUCUGAUCUUUCUCAUUAACAUGGUGUUUCCAUUCACAGAACAGUGUAUUUUCUUUUUGUUUUGCUCCAUUUAGUAUAAACUAAGUAGUGUCUGAAAUAUCAAAAAUGUACAGGAAUCUGACAUUUCCUUCAUUGUGGUGUACGAUGUGAGCAUUAACCGAAGCUCUCAAGCUGCAUCCCCACGGUAUUAUGCAUUGUGCUGCUGCUAAAUGAUUGACUGAUUAUAUAUAUAAUACUUGUAAAAACGUGUUCACAUAUUAUAGGUGUCUUUCCUACAAAUUUGUAAUUAUUAGUUCACAAUACGAUAAAUAAAUAUAUGUAAUAAUAAUAAUAAUAAUAAUAAUAAUAAUAAUA